UUGACAGGACGACCCGGAAAAAAGACAUCCUUGGCGACAGAUCAUUACGUGUGGUGGUGAGAGUAUAUAUAUACAUAUAGAUGCCUCUUAUGUCUCAGUUCCGUCACGCACUCAACACGCACUCGAGAUGAAGUUCGUGGUCGUGGUGUGCAUUGUCGGUGUUGUCGUCGCUAGUCCCCAGUUCGACCAGGGAAGCGGUUUUGGCCAGCGGACACGGAACAGACAAAUGAAUCAGGAUCACUUUAAUACAGAGGACCAUCUUAAUCCACAGCAUCAGUUCAGUCAACAGACUCAGCUUCGUCGACACAAUGACUUUAACACGAAGGAUCAACUUAUCCACCAGAAUGAGUUCCAAAGGCAGCCACAAGGUAGUCGACAGCGACAAACCAGUCGACAGCGCCAGGCUACUCAACGGUUUCCCGUGAAUCAACAGAAUCAAUUUAGUCAACAAACUUUGAUUACUCCACAGCCUCAAAUAAGUCAACAGUCUCUGGUCAAACGUCAGCCACAUCUCGGCCAUCAUGUUCAAGUGACUCAGCAUGAUACAUUGAGUCGACAUACUCAGGUCAAUCGACACCCGCAAGUGAGUCAACGACUUCCGAUGAACCGACUGCAACAACAGAUCAGUCACCAGCCGAAGGUCAUUCGACAAUCUGCAGUCAGUCGACAGCCUGAGAUCAUUCGACAGCAUGAGGUCAUUCAACAGCCUGAGAUAAUUCAGCAGGCAAAGAUCAUUCGACAGCCCCAGAUUAGCCGACAGCCUCAGACGAAUAGUCGACAGCCCCAGAUUAGCCGACAGCCUCAGACGAAUAGUCGACAGCCUCAGACAAGUAGCCGACAGCCUCAGACGAGUAGUCGACAGCCUCAGACGAGUAGUCGACAGGCUCAGCCGUCUAGCCAGACCCACUUCAAGCAAAAGUCUACAUCUGAUGGACACCGCGAGACGAGCCUCCAGUCACGAGUGGAGCAUCCCGUCGUCAGGUCAGACCAGCAUUCCAUCGUCAAGUCUGACCAACAGCGCCAGCAGCCCAUUGCUAUUCUACGGGACGACCGCCAGAACCCCGAAGACGGAAACUUUAACUUCGAGUUCGAGUCAGAAGACGAGAUCAGUGUGAACGCCUUCGGGAGCCGAGGGGCUCAUGGCCAGAGCAAUGUGGAGGGGUCCUACAGGUUUCCCCUCCCGGACGGCACCUUCGCUGAAGUCCACUACACCGCUGAUGAAAACGGCUACCGCGCCCAGUCUCCGCUGAUCCCCACGCCCCACCCUCUCCCCGCCCACGCUCUUGAGCAGAUCCGCUUCGCCGAGGAGCAGCGCGCCCUUGAAGCUCUUCGGGGUCGCCAGCCGUCGUGAUCACACCGUUGUCACAACCUCCAGCUCCAGAAGACUGACCCAUAGCCCUCCAGGUCACCACCGCUACACACGAGCGCCGAUCUCAGGUGGAACUAAGCUUAUCUUUCCCAGUGCACUCAGCAAAAGAUGGAACUUAAUCUUUUUGACAUAUUUUAUGCCACCCUCACCUUCUUUUGCAUUUUGUUUCCUUCAUUCACUUGCUGAGUUUUACCUGAGGUUGGUGAGUGGAGGUAGGUCUUGAGGCGUCAGCAAACUAGUAGUGUGUUAGUGGAUGUAAAUAGACUGUAACACAACUAACUGUGAGUGGUCAAAAUGCUAACUAUAUGUUGACAGGUUAUUUUAUUUUAAAGUAUUAAAUGGACGUCAUCCACUUACUUCUGUCUCCCUGAUGAGGUUUGAAAAUCGGUAUAUGUUGAGUGCUAAUUCAAAUUGCGUACUCUGAUGAAUUACAUUUGUUUAUGUCUUCAGCUUUCUAUCAUACAGGGACAUAUUUACAGCAACUCAUCAUACACACACAACUAUUUACUGCUAUCACUGAAGCAUAGUUAUUCAGAAGUCUAUCGUAAUAAUUCAGGGAAAAAAAGUCUUACGAUCAAAUAUUCCGACACAAGGGGUUUACGGCUAUAUAAAUAAGAGUUUGUGACUAACUUUCAGGAAGACAGAGACAAAAAUUUACGACUGUGUGUUACAUAGCUCCAAAGAGUUAUCUCUGUCUCUUUUCCGUACGAUAUUACCUAUCAGUGAAAGGCUUUUAAAUAGUUAGGAUUUUUAAGACAACCAAGUUCAAGCUGAGACCAGCAGUUCCUUCUGAUCCUAAUGAACAGCAUAAAGUAUAUGUCUGGUACCUCAAUGUCUGGUACCUCAAUGUCUGGUACCUCAAUGUCUGGUACCUCAAUGUCUGGUACCUCAAUGUCUGGUAC